CAAUUAUCGCUUCAUCGGGUGGCCACGGGCGAAGACUAAGUUUCAAAGGCCAUCCGCAGUCGUCCCCAUGCCAGCGUCGAUAAAGAUGGCCCUCGAUGGCACCGUUACUUUCGAGGACGGUGACACCAAGGGCGUACGUGACCACAGCGAGCUUGAGUUGAACGGAAGAAGAACAUCAAAGCCAUGGCCAGUAAAACGGAAGUCGCCAGAGCUGGAGGAUGCCGGCUCGGACCCAGGGAAACCCGCCGACGCUCGCGAAAGCAAACAAAGAGGACCACCGAAUCCGCGCAGCAUACGCUGCAAAAGCAGGAUUGGACUAGUCGAAGCCGACCAGGGCUUUGAACCCGUCCCGCGCCCACGCAAGACACUUUGGCAAGACGGAGCGCCGGAUCUUUUGCACGUAACUGCCACAAGCCCCCUACAUGAACGACGCGGCAGGGCGGUAGGGGGCCGCCGAGUUACCGAUCAAGCGCCUGAAAGUAUCAAUGAGCUUUCUAAGCAGCCCGAGACCAGGCCAAUAGGCCAGGAACAACUGAUUGCCGAAGUUAAAGGAAUUUAUGCCGGGCUCGUAAUGGUCGAGAACAAGUGCAUCGAAGUAGACAAUGCGCAAAACUCCCUCAACAACCAGAGCGAGUCGCCCCAGCUCAACACCGACCAGUGGCAAGCACUUAUUGCUCUCCACAGAACUCUUCUCCACGAACACCAUGACUUCUUUCUCGCUUCACAGCACCCGUCUGCGAGUCCGGCUCUCCGGCGCUUGGCUUCCAAGUAUGACAUGCCGGCUCGCAUGUGGCGGCAAGGCAUCCACAGCUUUCUCGAGCUGCUGAGGCACCGGCUUCCGCAUUCCCUCGAGUAUUUGUUGACCUUUAUAUACUCGUCAUAUAGCAUG